AUGGAAGGUGAAAAUGAGACUGCGGUCACUGAAUUUAUCCUCAUUGGAUAUGCCGGUAGGCCAAAGAUAAGGAUUGGAUUAAUUGUCUUCCUAACAAUUGCAUAUUGUGUAACGGUGGUGGGAAAUAGUCUUAUCAUCCUGUUAGUUGCAGCUGAUCCUCGUCUUCACAACCCCAUGUACUUUUUCCUCGGUAACCUGUCCCUUAUUGACAUUGGACAUUCAUCAGCUGUAAUCCCACAAUCCAUUACAAACCUGCUAGUGGACAAACCCACCUUGACAUUUGCAAGAUGUUACCUUCAAAUGAGCAGCUCAGUCUGGCUGAGCAUAACUGAAUGUUUCCUCUUAGCCAUUAUGGCUUAUGAUCGAUUCAUAGCAAUUUCCAGUCCAUUGCAUUAUAUGCUAAUUAUGAGCAAAAGAUUGUGUAUCCAGCUGGCAACUGGAAUAUGGACAUGUAGCAUGCUCUUGGGGGUAAUUCCCAUUUAUGCCAUCCCAGCUCGUUUUUGUGGAAAAAGUGUGAUUGAUCAUUUUGCUUGUGAACUCAUUGCUGUUCUUAAGCUUGUAUGCUCAGAUACCAGUUUGAGCCAAUUACUUAUGUUUUUCAGUUCAUGCCUUUCACUGCUUGUCCCCUUUGCCUUUAUCCUUUUCUCAUAUCUGAGGAUUAUUGUGACAAUUCUGAGAAUCCACUCAACAAAUGGAAGGUUCAAAGCUUUCUCUACAUGUGCAUCCCACUUGACAGUUGUGUUGAUAUAUUUUGGUACUGCUAUAUUUGCGUAUGUUAAACCCCAAACUAAGAGCACAAUGGAGAUAGACAAGUCCAUUUCUCUCGUCUAUGGAAUAGUGACUCCUAUGUUAAAUCCAUUAAUCUAUACACUAAGAAAUAAAGAUAUAAAGGAAGCAUUGAGAAAAUUUGUGGGAAAGCAGAAUAUAUGUGUGUAUGUUUAA